AUGUCACCAAAGAAGCCAAACUUUUUAGUGAUAGUAGCAGAUGACUUGGGAUUCACGGAUAUCGGUUGUUUUGGCAGUGAGAUCCAUACCCCAAACCUCGAUAAGUUGGGUCGUGAUGGUCUGAGAUUCUCAGGCUUUCAUACCGCGUCCGCGUGUUCGCCCACCAGAUCAAUGUUACUUUCAGGAACUGACAAUCACCUAGCUGGUCUAGGGCAAAUGGCAGAAUAUGCAAGAGGAUUCCCUGAAAAGUUUGCCGGAAAACCUGGCUACGAGGGAUAUCUGAAUUUCAGAAUAGCAGCGUUGCCCGAGAUCCUCGGCCCUGAUUACUACACGUUAAUUUCAGGCAAAUGGCACUUGGGACUUGACGAACCGCAUUGGCCAGAUAAAAGAGGAUUCGAAAAAAGCUUCACCUUAUUGCCAGGAGCGGGAAAUCAUUAUAAAUUCGACGUAAAUGAAAAGAGUUUCAUGCCUUUUAUCUAUCAAGAAAACGGUCGUCGUUUGGAUGUUGAAGAAGAAUUGCCAGAAGAAUUCUAUAGUACGGAAUAUUUCACCGACAAGUUUCUUGAAUAUUUGGAGGACGAUGAACAGCGAGAUGAAAGACCCUUUCUGGGAUUUCUAACCUAUACCGCUCCUCACUGGCCUUUACAAGCACCUCGCGAGACCAUAGAAAAAUAUAAAGGCCGGUACUUCGAAGGGCCCCUAGCAUUAAGGCGCGACAGACUGAGAAAUGCAGAAGAGCAAGGAAUCCUCGAAGAAGGGAUCGUACCGCAUCUAGUCGAAACGAAAAAUGAUAAAGUUUGGGAUGAGCUAGAUCGAAAAGACCAAGAAUACUCUUCUCGUAUCAUGGAAACGUACGCUGCCAUGGUGGACGAACUGGACAGAAAUAUUGGCCGUGUUCUGACCAGAUUAGAGGACACUGGUGAAAUUGAUAAUACAGUGAUCAUAUUUAUGUCCGAUAAUGGAGCGGAAGGUAUGCUGCUAGAGGCUCUGCCUUUUGGAGGUAAACUUUUCGGAGACAACAUCACCAAAAAAUACGAUAACAGCUUUGCUAAUGUUGGAAAUGGAAACAGUUUUGUGUUUUAUGGAGACCUGUGGGCCCAGGCUGCCACAGCACCGAGAUAUAUGUAUAAGAUGUGGGCCACCGAGGGCGGAAUAAAUUGCCCUUUGAUCCUCCACUUCCCCCCAUUGACACAAGAACAGCAGGCAGGGAAUGUGAUAAAUGAAUUUACUACUGUGAUGGAUAUACUACCAACAUUACUAGAACUAGCUGAAAUUCCUCACCCAGGUCCUCAAUUUCAGGGUCGAAAAGUACAUACUCUCAGAGGCAAGUCAUGGCUGCCAUAUUUGCAAGGCUCAUCGCACCGUAUUCAUGAUAAGAAUACAUUGACUGGAUGGGAGCUUUUCGGGCAAAGAGCAAUAAGAAAAGAUUCUUGGAAAGCAGUUUACAUCCCUGAGCCACUGGGAACCGGGGAAUGGCAGCUUUUUGAUUUGUCCAAAGAUCUAGGUGAGACCACUGACAUCAGUUCUGAACAUCCGGACAAGCUUAAUGACCUUGUUGAGUAUUGGUCAAUUUAUGUCGCAGAAACAGGAUUAGUGGAGGUCAACGAAUAUCCCAAGGGUACGGAUUACAAUAAAACCAUUAUUGAUGAUGGUCUGUCAGAGAGAUUGAAAGAGACUGCAAAAGUAUAG